UCUCAUCGGUGAGGGUUUUAUGUACAGAGAAGGAAAAUCAAAACCCUCUCGCUCUAGGGUUUCAUUCUCUCACUCUACAAAGCCUAAUCUCUCUCUCUCUCUCUCUCUCUCUCUGUGUGCGAAAAUGUCGGACUACCUACCUCGGGAAACUCUAAUCAACAUUCUCACCCGCCUGCCCGCCAAAACCCUCCUCCGAUUCAGAUGCAUUUGCAAGUCAUGGCUCUCUCUCCUCAGCUCCCCCGAUUUCACCUCCGCCCACCUCCAAACCGCCGCUGCCAAAUCCCCCCUCCUCCUCCUCCACGGCUACUUCCUCACGGGCCUCACCCCGAGGUACAAGGAGCUCUACUACCUCCGCUCCGACGACGCCGAUUUCACCUCCCUCCUCGACCUUCAUUGCCCCUUCAACACCCGCGCCGCAAACUUCUUCCGUGUCGUCGGAUCCUGCAACGGUGUGAUUUGCCUCUCCGACGACCUCUUGGGCUACACGUACACCGUUAUUCUCUGGAACCCCGCCAUUCGAAGGUAUUUGACCCUUCCUAUGCCUAAUAUCUGCUUUGAUGACUACGGACCCUACAUGUUCUCUCUUGGGUUCGGGUUUGACCCAAAAACAAACGACCAUAAAGUAGUCAGGAUAGUGUAUCUAGAAGGAUCAGGGAGGGUGAGGGGUUGGGUUGUUCCUCCUAAGGUGGAGGUUUACGCUCUUAGCACUGGUGUUUGGAAAACCAUAAAGGGUUCUAAAAUCGGGUACCAUAUGGUUGAGGUUUUCUGGUCAAGUGCCUUUGCUAAUGGUGGGGUACAUUGGAUGGCGUAUAGUGGUGGAAAGAGCACUGGUUACUGUAAUGUUGUCCUUGUGUUUGAUAUGGGUAGUGAGGUGUUUAGGGAGGUUAAGCUGCCGGAAAAGUUGGUUGGUGCGUCUCCGCUGGAUUUGGCGGUGACAGGUUAUAAGGAUACUAUUUCAAUUUUCCAGUAUGACAAGCGGGGCCCUUAUUGUUGCAAGGGGUUUACAGUGUGGGUUAUGAAAGAGUAUGGUGUGGAAGAAUCGUGGAGUAAGUUGUUUACUGGCUCUUUGAAUGGUGGUGUUUCUACCGUAUUGGGGUUUAGGAAGAGUGGGGAGGUGGUCGUGGAAAAAUGGGACGGUACGUUGGUGUCGUGUCAGCCGGGGAAGAUUAAGAAGAUGAGAAUUCGUGGUGGAAAAGAAUCGUUCUAUUUGGGUACCUAUGCAGAGAGCCUGAUCUUGCUUGAUGAAGGAAAAUGUGUCCAAACGGAGGACAAUGGGUCUUCCGAUGAAGUUGCUUCUGCGGGCAAUGCUUCUGUGGUGUGUUCAUUGGAGAAAAACUCACUUAGGCACCACCUGUUCGCUGCAACUGCUCUUAAUCCCUACGCAGGGUUCAUGAACGGCUUUGAAUGAGAAAGAAACUGUUUAGGCAUGGAUUUGGGGAUGGGAAACAAUCAAACAAAGGUUUUGUUAGUGCUAUCUAAUUCUUUUUGUUUCUAGAUGGGGAGUGCUAUGUAACUGAUGUCUUCUUAAAGAUGAAGUCUACAUUGUGGGCAACUUUCAGUAGCAUAGGGUUCUUAACUUGCCAUUUAUGCAACCUAUAUGAUAUUAUCUUGCUGUUGAUAUGAAUAUUUCUUGUAUGUCAUGCAUUUCUAUUGUAGAUGAUACGUGUGAAGUUGAGGUGAUUUUGAUAGUUCUUG